AUGGGCAUCUACACGGAGUGCCCUGCACCUGCACCACCACCACCACCACUGCUUAAUUUCGAUCAUGAUCCUCCUUCUUCUUGCUCCCUUCUACUUCUUCUUCUCCUUAUCUUGCCGCCGGUGACGGCACAGUUCCAAUAUUCGCCGCCGCCGCCGUUAGACCCAUUCGCGAAAUUGAGGUUCGACAGGACCAUGGCCGUUGUCCUCGUUAUCCUCGUCCUCGUUUUCUUUACAUUGGGCUUCGUCUCCAUCUACACGCGCCAAUGCGCAGAGCGAAGGAUCAGAGGGAGGCUCGACCUCGCCGUCGCGAUCGCCAGCGGUAGCGAGCGCCGGCCAUCGCGCGGGCUCGAAUCGGCGAUCAUCGACACGUUCCCCAUAUUCGUGUACUCCGAGGUGAAAGGCCUCAAGAUUGGAAAGGCGACGCUAGAAUGCGCCGUCUGUCUGAACGAGUUCCGCGACGACGAAACGCUGCGUUUGAUCCCCAAAUGUAGCCACGUGUUCCACCCUGAUUGCAUCGACACUUGGUUGUUAAAUCACAACACUUGCCCCGUUUGCCGUGCCAACCUCGUGCCCAAACCCAGCGACACUGCUUUUUCCGUUGCGGUUCAGAUUCUAGAUCCCGGUGGACCCGAACCAAAUAUAUCCGUCCCGCAACCCGGUUAUGAUCCGAAUUGGAUUAACCCGGUGGAUGGGAAUGACGGGAACAUGAUAAUAAUGAACGAGACCCACAGUGUAAAUUUAGAUGAUGAGAACCGGCCGGUUCGGUCCAGAUCGACCGGGUUUGAGAUUAGAACACUGUUCCCGCGUUCUUACUCGACCGGUCACUCGCUGGUUCAACUAGGUGAGAACUGCGAGCGGUUUACCCUGCGGUUGCCAGAGGAAGUGCGGAACCGGCUUGUUAGUUCGGCUUCAGCCACGUUGGACCGAACGAAGAGUUGCAGCGUGACGUGGCAUCAUGAGAACAGUGGGAGAAGCGGUUACAGGACGAGGAGCGUAGGGAGAAACUAUUUGCAUUACGAACGGUUGGACCGGUGGGGAUUCAUGUGGACCCCACCGAUUUUGGGCCGGGCCGGUCCGGUGAGAUCAACUAAGGACUCCAAGGCAAUCGGGGUGAUGGAUGAAGCGCACGUGGGAGAGCGUUCUUCUGAUCGCUUAUUUUCCAAGCAUUGA